AUGAAGCUUUUUCUUCUCCUGACUUUCUUUGGAGGGGCAGCUGCUCUGAAGGAAGAUAACAAGAUUGUCGGGGGGUCUGAGUGUCCCAAAAAUUCUGUGCCUCACCAAGUGUCUCUCUUCAAUGGGUACAACUUCUGUGGCGGGACUCUUCUGUCUGAGGAGUGGGUGCUCUCUGCUGCACACUGCAAAAAAAAGUCAGAUGUCGAAGUUCGUCUGGGAGAGCACGACAUCUGGGAACCUGAAGGGACUGAACAGCACAUUAUGUCAGCCAAGUUUAUUCGCCACCCUGACUACAACUCCCGCACACAGGACAGUGAUAUCAUGCUGAUCAAACUGAGUCGCCCUGCAACUCUGAACAGCUAUGUGCGCCCUGCUCCGCUCCCUUCAAAGUGUGCCAGUGAAGGGACAAUGUGCCAGAUCUCUGGAUGGGGGAGUCUUCGUCCCAGCAAUGAGGGCUCGAGGUUCCCUCAUAAGUUGCAGUGCCUGGACGUCCCUCUCCUGAGCGAUGACGCAUGCUUUAAUUCAUAUCCUUUCCAAAUCACUGAAAACAUGAUCUGUGCUGGUUAUCUGGAGGGAGGAAAAGACUCCUGCCAGGGUGACUCCGGGGGUCCCAUGAUGUGUGACGGGGAGCUCCAGGGAGUGGUGUCCUGGGGGCAUGGCUGCGCUCUGAGAAAAAAGCCUGGGGUGUACACUAAAGUUUGCAAUUACCUCUCCUGGAUUGAGACUACCAUGGCGUCAGGCUGA